AUGAAGCCUGAGACAACCUUGUGUCUGAUUGGGGCAGCCCUCAUAGGGCUUGCCAACGCCCAAAUCAAACCCGGUCUCUCCGCUGGCAGUGCCGUCAAGCCUAGCUCUGGCGGUGGCAUCCAGCCUGGCAUCCAGCCUGGCUCCGGCGGUGGCAUCCAACCUGGCUCUGGCGGUGGCAUCCAACCUGGCUCUAGCAGUGGCAUCCAACCUGGCUCUGGCGGUGGCAUCCAACCUGGCUCUGGCGGUGGCGUUCAGCCUGGCUCUGGCAGUGGCAUCCAACCUGGCUCUGGCGGUGGCAUCCAGCCUGGCUCCGGCGGUGGCGUUCAACCCGGCUCUGGCGGUGGCAUCCAGCCUGGCUCUAGCAGUGGCAUCCAACCUGGCUCCGGCGGUGGCGUCCAACCCAGCUCCGGAUCGGGCAAUGCGGGCUCUACCUCUCCAGGUUCAUGGACCUGCUCUAACCCGCGACAAGGGUACAACCAAUCUCCCGCAAUCACAACUAGUAUCUCCUGCCCUUCAAGUGAUGGAAGCGUGUACGAGACAUACGAUGGAAGCUGGUAUUACUUGCAGUGCUGCACGCAGAGUUCUCCCAACGCGUUGUCCGUCGGUACUCCAUCGGUCUCAAGCAUGGAGGAAUGUCUGAAGAAAUGCUCCGACGUUCCAAACUGCGAAACUGUUUCGUUCGACCCUUCCACCCUCUACUGCAACCUUCUCGACUACGGAUCCUUCGAGGCAACCUCCCACGGAAGCCAGCUUUAUGCCUUUUCGACUGCUCCCCCGGUCACCAAGCAGCCUAGUAUGACAACCCGCCGCUGCAGUACCUCUUGUCCAGAGGCCAAUGGCCAAAUCUAUGUCAGCCCAUACGGCGAGACAUUCUACAUGAGUUGUGGGAUGCGCCACGGCACGGCGUAUCUCAACGUUGAAUCUGUUUCAAGUCUGGAAGACUGUAUGGAUCUCUGCGGUGCCUCCGCUUCAUGCAGCAGUGUCGACUUCGACCAGUCCAAAAACACAUGCUAUCUAAGCAACAAUGACAGUCCGCCAACUUAUGAAGCUAGUCGUUUCGCUAGUGCUCACUCAACGCCGGCCGACCCGGCACAAUGCACCAACAAUAACCAGGUUGUCAACGUUGGCAACUAUCCAUUCAGGGUCAUGUGCGACCACUGCUACCAAGGCUCGAGCACAACUGCAACCAUCAGGGGAGAGGCCAAGACUCACGAAGAGUGCAUGAACCUUUACACGUUGGAGGCUGAUACCCACAUUGGAGCGCAUUGGUCAAAGACCGGUGGAUGUGCCCUGAUACCUGCCGGCUCAGAAAUCAAGUCUAACACUGGCUGUGCUGCGGCCUUCAAGCCGCUCUGGUAG